AUGACGUCCACCUGCACCAACAGCACGCGUGAAAGCAACAGCAGCCACACAUGCAUACCCCUCUCCAAAAUGCCCAUCAGCCUGGCUCACGGCAUCAUCCGUUCCAGUGUGCUGCUCAUCUUCCUCACUGCCUCACUCAUUGGCAACGUAGUGCUGGCACUGGCAUUGCAGCGCAAGUCGCAGCUGCUGCAGGUGACCAACCGCUUCAUCUUUAACCUCCUCAUUACUGACCUGCUGCAGGUUUCACUUGUGGCCCCCUGGGUAGUGGCCACCUCUGUGCCUUUCUUCUGGCCCCUCAACAGCCAUUUCUGUACCGCCCUAGUUAGCCUCACUCACCUGUUUGCCUUUGCCAGUGUCAACACCAUUGUUGUGGUGUCAGUGGAUCGCUACCUAUCCAUCAUCCACCCUCUCUCCUACCAGGCCAAGAUGACUCCGCGCAGGGGUUACAUGCUCCUUUAUGGCACCUGGAUUGUGGCCAUCCUUCAGAGCACUCCCCCACUCUAUGGCUGGGGUCAGGCUGCCUUUGAUGAGCGCAAUGCUCUCUGCUUCAUGAUCUGGGGGGCCAGCCCCACCUACACGAUUCUCAGCGUGGUGUCCUUCAUCAUCAUUCCACUGGUUGUCAUGAUUGCUUGCUACUCCAUAGUGUUUGGUGCAGCUCAACGGCAGCAUGCUCUUCUGUACAACAUCAAGAGCCACAGCUUGGAGGUUCGAGCCAAAGACCAUGUGGAGAAUGAGGAUGAAGCAGGAGAGAAGGAUGAGUUCCAGGGUGAGAGCAGGUUCCACAGCCAGAAUGAAAGUGAGGUCAAGGCCAAGGAGGGCAGUGUGGAGACCAAAGAGGGCAGCAUGGAGGCCAAGGGCAGCAAGGAGGUCAGAGAAAGCAACUUGAUAGCCGAUGAUGGCAGCAUGGAUGGUAAGGAAGGCAGCACCAAAAUUGAGAGCAGCAUAAAAGCACAACAGGGCCACAUAGAGGUCAACCAGUGCAACAUUGACUUGGGUGAAGAUUACAUGGAGUUUGGUGAUGAUAACAUCAAUUUCAGUGAGGAUGACAUCGAAGCAGUGAAUAUCCCAGAGAGUGCCCCACCAAGUCGUCGAAACAGCAACAGUGGCCCUCCUCUGCCCAGAUGCUACCAGUGCAAAGCUGCUAAAGUGAUAUUCCUCAUCAUUUUUUCCUAUGUGUUAUCUCUGGGGCCCUACUGCUUUCUAGCAGUCCUGGCUGUGUGGGUGGAUGUCCAAACCAAGGCACCCCAGUGGGUGAUCACCAUAAUAAUCUGGCUUUUCUUCCUGCAGUGUUGCAUACACCCCUACAUUUAUGGGUACAUGCACAAGACCAUCAAGAAGGAAAUUCAGGAUAUGCUGAAGAAGUUCUUCUGCAAGGAAAAGCCCCCAAAAGAACAUAGCCACCCAGAUCUUCCUGAAACCGAGGCUGGCACAGAGGGUGGGACUGAAGACAAGACCAUUCCUUCUCAUGAUUCUGCCACUUCACCUUGA